AUGGCGCUCCGCGCGGGAGGGCCGGCGCUGGCGCUGCUGCGGGGCCGCCUCAGCCUCCCCGGCCCCGCCGCCCGCGGGCACGCCCGGCUCGGCCGCUCCGGCGCCGCCGCGCAGCCGGCUGCCGAGGAGCCGGGGGAAGAUGCUGAAGUCAGUACCAGAAAGAAGACAUUUGCUGAAGUCCAGACAGAGCGACAGGAUCAAGCUGAACGGACUGUUUUAAUAAAGUGCCCAUCAAAAAUUAAUGAAAAAAAAUUAUUGCAGUACUUAUCCAGUCAUGGGAAUGUUAAGAGCCAUUUCUUUUUUGAAAAUCGUGGCAUCAAUGCUUUAAUAGAGUUUUCAGAAAAGAGCAGUAUAGCCUCGUUGCAGGAUGCUGUUGGGAUCCCAAGUGCUACAGAGCAUCAUGUUGUCCCAUUUAAAUCAAGACUUUUUACUUUCACACUGAAAAACCCAGUGAGUCAACACGUUGAAGAGACACCACUUCACCUCUCUCCUCAGUGUCACAUUCCAGUGAAAGACCUUAUUCAAAAGCUUUGUCUGGCAGACAGCAUAAGCAGUCAGAUGUACAUGCUACUGAAUGAGUAUCAGCUGACAGAAGAGAACAUCAAGCUGCGAUUUCUGGCUUGUUCUUUGGUUCGGGAUUUUACACGUGCAUAUUUCCCAGACAGCACGGUGAAGCCGUUUGGCUCUUCAGUCAACACGUUUGGCAAAUUGGGAUCUGAUGUGGACAUGUUUUUGGAUUUCCAUAACACAGGAAAGCAUGCUACCAAAAUGAAAAAAGGUCCCUUUGAAAUGGAAUAUCAGAUGAAAAGAUUACCAUCGGAAAGAUUAGCAACUCAGAGGAUUCUUUCUGUGAUUGGUGACUGCCUUGAUAAUUUUGGUCCUGGGUGUGUGAAUGUACAGAAGAUCCUCAAUGCCCGCUGCCCUCUGGUGAAAUUUUCCCAUCAGCCGACAGGAUUCCAGUGUGAUCUGUCAGUGAGCAACAGCAUUGCAACAAGAAGUUCUGAACUCCUGUAUAUCUAUGGCUGUCUUGAUUCCCGUGUACGAGCAUUGGUGUUCACCAUACGAUGCUGGGCCCGCGUUCAUGGACUUACAAAUAGUGCUCCUGGUACCUGGAUUACAAACUUCUCCCUGACCAUGAUGGUCAUGUUUUUUCUGCAGAGGAGAUCACCACCUAUCAUUCCAACCCUAGACCAACUUAAAGAACUGGCAGAUGAAAAAGACAAGCAUAUAAUUGGAGGAUAUGAUUGCUCAUUUGUUAGUGAUUUAACGAAGAUUAAACCUACAAAGAAUACAGAACCACUUGAUGUAUUGUUGGCUGAGUUUUUUGAAUAUUUUGGAAACUUUGAUUUCAGAAAGAAUUCCAUAAAUCUUCGAAAGGGAAAGGAAGUAAAUAAGCCUGAGCCGUCUCCUCUUUAUAUCUGGAAUCCCUUUGAACAAGACCUUAAUAUCAGCAAGAAUGUUAAUCAGCCACAGCUGGAGAAAUUUGUAGCUAUGGCCAGAGAAAGUGCCUGGAUUUUACAGAAGGAAGAUAAAACUCAGCAAAUUAUCGAUAAAGAACCUUGGGGACUGGCAGCUCUACUGAUACCGUUUGGAAGAAGUAAUUCCAGCAAGAUGAAGAAUAGGAAAGGAAUAGGAAGCGAAACAAUCAGAGGCCUCUUGGACUCUUUAAAGUUAAAUAAUGCAAACAGUCAACAAAAAGCAGUGGGCAAAUGACUAAAUAAUGACACAGAAACACAGUAGCUAAUAUUCUGUUUUAGGAAUUGAACGUGACAUGCAGUCCAAAGAACGUUACUUUUAAUAUUUCUAUUAUGGGGAAUGGAGAAUCAAGAAAUCUCUGGUCUUCAUCGUAGUGAUUUUUGUACAGGUCUGCUUUUUUUCUGUACAUAUUUCUCCUCCUUACUCCUCACUUUUCCAUCUGUUUUAUGAAUGAAGAGUAUUUAAAUGUAAGUUUUACAGAUGCAUUUUGGAAGUAGCCUUCAGCUGGGCACUCUUCUGUAAAAAAGGCUGACAGGAGCAGUAUGGAAAAAGCCUUUGGGAAUUCUCUUGGCUAGCAUACAAAUGAUAUGCUAAUUAAAAGCUCAAGAAACAACCACCUUUCCACCUUUCCAGAAACCACAGUCUGAAAGAAGAUAAAUGUGUUGGAACCAUUGUUUCCAAUCCAGUCAUGUUUUGGAAGUCAGUAAAACCCAAGUGCACGUAUCUAUUUUUGCAGUUGUUUUCCAUUCAUGUAGAUAGUGCCAAGACAAAAUAAAGAGAAUGGAAUUAGAUAGUCGGGUGUGCAGUUUCAAAAAGCAUUGCACCACCACAGCUCUCCAAGGAUAGUGCCACUGUUUUGUGUUGGAAAAGUGGGUUUACUCUUUUGUUUUCCACCUGAUUUAAAAUGUCUUUAGUUAAUUCUCCUUUGUUCUCUCUACCCAGGACUGGUCUCCACCCACACUUGUUUCCUAUUUUGCCUUCAGCUUCACUUUAAACCUGUAUUUCAGGUUCAGGCAGGAGUUCUUGAAUGCCCUUCUUGCUUCAUCACUCUCCCCAAAGCUGCUGCCUACUAGGUGUCAUGAAAGCAUUCCUGCAGAGGGAUCUGUCUUAUGUAGAGAUCCAGAGAAUCCUGUAUUAUGCUGGAGUCCUGUUCCCAGUCUUGCCUUGGUUUUCAGAUAAUUCAGCAGAACAGUGGCUGUCCCACUUCCAGAUCAGUUGGGCCAGCAGAAUCAAUGCUUUUUAUUGACUUAAAACUUUGAGUGCUCUUUGCAUCUGCCACAAAAAGAAAUCUUUUCAGAGGAAGAGGGAGGGAAGGAAAUGGGAAAUGGAAAGCAGGCAAAUACCAAACUUUAAAAGUGUAUUUGUGAAUGUUUCACCUGUCCAGUUUGAGAGCCACUCAUGCAUUAGACUGAAUUGUAAUUCCAGAGUGUUUUCUUCAUUCUUAACAGAAAUUCAAUAAAGGAAAUUACUGUAUUCAGAGAUAAUGCAACAUAAAUUUUAUGAUUAGCGUUUCAUUUUCAGUACUUUUAGACUCUAAUGUUGCACUGGUAUACAAUCUUGUGUAGACUUUUUUGUAAUGGUGUGAUCUGAACAAUUUAUAAGUGUGUUUUCUCUUUUCUCUGAUAUAUUAUUCAAUAGAAAUACUGUGGGCAAUAAUGCAUACUUCCAAGUACUUGUGAAAACUGGGCAAGGAAAAGUAUCUUCUAGCAGUUAGCCAACUAAAGUGUUAGACCUUCAGGUCAAUUCCAUAACAGUUUAUUUGGAGUUUCAGAUAAUACAUAUAUGUAUUUCUGAUUCAUGAAUGUUUUCUUAAAUAAUGACUCACAUACUCAUUAUCUUGGUUGCUGAAAUUAAUUCUCAUAUUAAUUUCUUCAGGAUUGAGCCUUGAUUUUGAAACUUAGUUUUCUACCUAAAUCCUGGUAUUAGAACUUCUUUUUGGAGCUGAUAUGAAUUUUAUUUUAACUUAAUGGUGCAAACACAAAGCCUUUGAUAGGAAACUUGACACAUUGUGUAACAAGCCUGCUGCUACCUUAAUCUUUACGGAACCUAGAGGUACAUUGUCUGCAGUUUACUCAGGAAUAGACUAUGUAACUUUCUGAAGAUUAGGGCAGUAUUCAAGUACUUUUCAAUUUCGUUUUUUUUUAUAUUAACCAAAUGGGUAAUAGUGUAAUAAGAAUAUGGAUUACCAGGGACAGAAGCAUGCAGCAGAAGUGUGACAGUGUGUACCUAAUUGCAUUAUAUUCACAGUGAUCCACUGACAUAGAUAGGAAAGACUUUAUAUGAAUUUUGACACAUAGGUACAGGACACUUGUAGACAAAUAACAGUGAAUUUUGUAUUUUGGUUGUAUGGUUGAGCCAUGCUGAAGCACAAGCUUCUUUUGUAAAUGAUUAUAGAUGUCCAAGCCUUAAAAGGCAGGGCAAAACAUGGUUACUGUACGUGCAGCGCCUUUCAGCAUCACUUUUCUGUUUAGACUGCCUGUCCCUUUUGGGGAUAGUUCUGAACCCUUGUCAUGGCUGCAGGCCAGUUUCUGCAAAGAGGAGAAAGAAGCCAAAAGCAGUGUUGUAGCAGUGGAAUGCACAGGUUAUUUUUUCAGAUAUCUCUGAGUUAAGGGAGCUGGUGACCAGGGAGCUGAAGCCUAGAGGCUGCAAGGAUCAGCUCUCAUUGGUGAUGUAAAUAAGCUCAGCAGGCAGCUUUCCUAGAAGAGGCUGUAGCUGGAGGAGGUGGAGGGCUGACCAUGAGCUUCCCUAAAGUAUGAGUUAUGUCUGGGGAAGAGCUGAGUGAAACUGAAGCCACCUGUGGGAGGAGAACCAAGACUUGAGGGGGUGUAUUUAUGAAAUCAAGAGAGAUGGUAUGAUUAUCAUUUCCUGAGGGCAGCAGUCUUGCACUGAAGAUAUUUAGAAACCAUCAAUAUGGUUCUGUCACUGAAAACAAGAGCUGGAUGUAUGUCAAGGAAGGACUAUGAUUACCAUCUAGAUUUGAGAGCUUAUUCGUAUGCUCAGAAACAUGUAAACAAUGUCUGUGCAAGAGCAAGGCAGUAAGUUUUAGUCACUUCUCAAACUUGGUGCUGAUCUGCUGUGUUGUAUGUGAUGGAGCUGUUUGCAAAGUCACAGAUAAGGAACACCAGUGAAUUAAACACAGUUUUGCCCUUCUGCCCCUUUCCCUUGCUGCAAAUACUUUUUAGUGCAAGUCUUGUAUUUCCUGGCUCUUAAAUCAUUAGGGAAACUGAAAACAUUCAGAAGUUCCAUGUCCUGAGAAAAUACGCUUUGGGCUAUUAACUUCAAAGUCAAUAUUUGUGGUCAGGGAUCUUUAUUUUUAUUUCCCUGGAUGUUGGAUGCUCACAAGUGUUGCAGGAAUAGGUUCUGCUGCAACUGCCACUGUUCCUCAUUCCUCUGUAACUUCCUGGGGAUCUGCAGCCUUGGCCUGCAGUUGGCUCCUGGGCGAGCAUCCUGGUGCCAUGCUUGUGAAGAUGCAGUCACAAAACAGACUUCUUGCUAUGGUUCCUGUCUCAGAUUCUGCUCUUUAGACUUGGAAUCACAAUAUUUUUCAGGUUGGGAGAGAACUCCGAACCUAGUCCAGCUGCCUUCUUUUGUGGUAUCAGCUGUGAGAUUAGACCAGGACAUUUUAUCUAGUCAGACUUCGAAAAUCUCAAGGAUGGAAACUGCACAGCCUGUUCUAGAUCUUGACUGUCACCAUCACCUUGGUGGGCUGGGCUGAAAUAUGCUGCCUCAUCAUUGUCAUUCUUAGUGGCUUUUUUUCUGGUCCUGAAACAUGCUCUCAAUAAAAAUGCUGUCUACUACAAGUGUUCAAGCUGCUUCUUCACACAGACAGCCCUGAAUCUUCCCUUCUUUGCCUGUCUUUCCAGAGGAACUCAUAUCAUCCAUCACAGCCCUCCCAUUACAUGCAAACCCUCCUACCAUAGCUGUUAUUCCCGGUGUUGUAGUAACAGCACAAGGAGCUCUAGUUCCUCCUGCUAGUUCCCCAGGCUGCCACACAUUUGUAUCUGUACAUUUUAGGUGGGUACCUCUUCAUAAGGUUUUAUUGUUCUUGAGGUCCCUUUUGUUCCAGUCACCAUCUAUCCUUCUCUCUCAAUCCUUGUCCACAAGCUGCUGGCAGCUGUGGGUUGUGGUUGUCCUCUUCAUUGUUCUAGCUGAUUGCUUUGAUAUGGCCACUGUGCAUAUCCAGCUUAAAAAGUCUUCAUGACACUCAAAUCCUGACUAGAAAAUUAAUUUCUAAAAGGCUCUGUGGGAAAAUAAGAGGUUUGAAUACCAGAUUGUACUGCACUGGCAGAAGAGCCCCAGAAACUACAGCUCCAUGUGGAGAUGAUUAUGCAGGUGCAGAAUCACCCUAGGGCCCACAGUGCUGUGUCUCUGUGACCUUGUUGCUUCCACAAGUGCAGUAGUGUGGCACAGGAUGCUGCUGCCCAGCAGAGCUUGUCUCACUUGGAUCUGACACGCUUGUGGUGCUGUGUCACUUCUAGGUGUAGAGCAUCAGGCUCUCAGCCACAGCCUCGCUGUGCUCCAUGCUCGUGCUCAUGAAACUGUAUUUUGGGAACAGCAAGUCUUCCCUCAUAGAAACAAAUCUGCAAGUUCAAUUUUUUUUUAUACUCUCCAAAGGUGCAGGCUGUGUUUUUGCUUUACAAAAUUUUGUACCUUUGGAAAAAGAAAAGGUAGACAAAGAACCUCUAUUUAAAUAAUUUUACAAACAAACUAGUUAAAAGUCCAUGCCAUGUUCAGCUGAAGAAAGUUUAGGAUUUCCAGCCUGGGCUGCUUUGGAGAUAUGAUGAAUUAGGAAGCUUUUCAAAGUAAAGUCAUGCUGCUCACUGGAAAGUUCUCUUCCAAAUGCUUUCCCUUGCUUAUCACAAAAUUGCCACCAAGGUUCUCUUCUAGUACUAAAUUCUUCUAAACAUCAUGGGUAACUUGGGGUCAGUUUGUUUAAAACAAGGGUUAGGAUUUAUUUGAGGCUAACCUGUGCCUGGAGAUAAAAUCUCCUUCUCCAUAAAUCCUCUUAGUUGAAAGUCUUGAUCCACUGCUUUUGCAGACUUGUUUCUCAUACUUUCUUUAAGCAGAGGAUUGGUUUGCUUUCUUUUGCAGGACCUCCCUGCUUCUUUUCACCCUUCCCACUGUCUUUUCAUCAUAUCUGACCUGUAAAAUAAUCGUAUUUCACUUCCCCUAGUGUUUUGUGAAGUAAAAGUGAAUACAGCUGAAUUCAAGAAACUGAUAAUUUUCAAAAAGCAGUUCUCAAAUUGCAAUAUAAUUUUUUUUACUGCUUCAUUUCUUGUGUAGACUGACUCUCCAUACUGCAUUUCCCAUGGCUUGUAGAGGGAUCAGUUAGCUGGGCUUGAUAGGUCUCACCUUUGAACAAGUAUUUUUGGGAAAUCUCUUCACUAAAGAGACUUGUUUAACACAGUCUGUUAUAUUAGAAAGCAGAAGUUCCCUGCAAAUUUUUGAGAGGCUCUCUACCAUUCAGGAUUUGUUCUGUUUCCCCUUGUUAUGGAGAAAACCAUGUUCGAUUUGUUUCACAGAAUGACUUCAGAGAUAGGUUUUUGUUCCCAUGCUGAGCUUUCUUGUGUAUACAGAUUUGUAGUCAAUGUAAACAGUGCAGCCCUGUACAGGAAUUUUGCAUGGAACAACUCCCAGAAUAUGUCUUGUAGGUAUUAUGCUCACAGCCCGACAGGGGAGGUAAAAGCCCCGGAAAUUCUAAGGCAUAGCCUCUCAUUUGUGGUGCUGACUCCAUGAGAUGGAACAAUUUCCAUAAUUCUGCAUUGGUUUUUCUCAUGUUGGACAGAGGAAAGACAUUGCUUUCCUGCACAGAAAAGGUUAGAAGUUGGAUUGUUGGGUAAAGGGCUCUUAAUACUUACAUUCCUUCUGAAUAUUUCUAUCUGAAGUUAAGUUUUCUGAAGUCCUUCUCUAGGAGUGAUUUCUAGAGAUUUUCAGGAUGAGAGAAAGAACUGGGAGAAUACAAAGAGGCUUUGUGGUGCAGGCAAUCUGUCAAAUAGUACUUAUUAUUAAAUUAAUAAUCAAAAGUAAUUACAUAGGGGAAGAUAACACUUGUAACAAUCCAGCAAGAUCAAGUAUCACUGCCUUGUCUCUGAAACAGUUUUCCUGCCUUAAUUUUCCUAAUUUUCUGUAGUCCAGUGGUGCUUUUAUAGAGGGAUGGGAUUUCAGGAAGCACACUGAAUGGAAACUACAGUAUCCAAUACAUGGGAGGGUGAGUGCUUUAGCCGUUGCAGUAGAUAAAAAAAAAGCACUAUCAACUGCAUAAUGAAAUAAGAUUCAGAGAUUUUAUUACUCCAGAAUUAAAAUAUAUAGAAUUGUUCUGUGAAUAUUUAGGUGAUUCAUAGUUCUUCCUUUUGAAAAUUAUCUUUGGAUACCAGUCAAAAGAGGGUUUGCUGAAUUGCUUGAUGUCUGAGCUUGCAAAGAAAAGUCUCAUUUGAAAUGACCAUGAUCUGUUGUGUUGAGAUAUUAAAGACCUUAGUGAUUACAGUUCUGCUCCAAAUCCCAUAUUUAAGAGGGUUUGCAUUGCAAUUGGCUUAUCAAUCUGGAACAUUAUAAUUUUCAGUUAUCCUAAGAAUAUCAAUGCUUACAGUUAGCAACAGACCUUAACACUUCUGCCACUUAGGCUGCUAUGAUUUUAGUCCUCCUUUUUACUGUAGACAGUAUUUUCAAUCUUUGAACUGUGUUGCAGCAAUUAAUUUUACAUUUCUUCUAUGAGAUAAAAAAGUAAAACAUGUCCUCUGUAUUUGUUCAGUAA